GAUGAAUAUCAGUGACCGGGACCUCGCCUACUAAGGAGUACAACCUAGCACUACCACCCGGGCAUUUACCCUUACCCGAGAAACCAUCUCAUCAUGGCACCUCCAACCCUGUCCGAGGUCAUUUUCCCCGAGCAGGCCAACCACAACUUCUCGCGCAUCUUGGGCGAUCUCAAGCGGGCUAACCUCUCCGUCACGAAUCGGCUGCGGUCCAUAGCUCAGGAUGCCGCCUUUGCUGAGGAGGUUGCUUCCGCGCUGGAGCUGCCGCUUGUCGCCAACGAGCGGUGCGGCAGCUGGUACAUUGACCCGGAGUGUAAGGUCGGAUCGGCGUACUUCAAGAGCACCGACGGGCACACGGGCCAGUGGAAGUUCAGUACCAGGAGGUUGAACUUGCACUUGUUGGAGUUGAUCGGGGAGAGGGAUGGCUGCAUCAUAGUGGACUCAACCCGCCGAGGCAAGCGAAUGCCCGACGCGCUGAGCAAAACCAUCCCAACGUGGUGUGCCGUCCUCAACCGCGUCCUCUUCCCCUCCCAGCCACAUGCGCUCUACGUUCCGCCCAACACUGUCUCCUCAUCCGAAGCAAGUCAGAUCUCAGCGCUGCUUCCCGACUUUGUCUCCUCCUUUCUCUCACUGGCCAUCGACCUCGCCCCGCUUCGGCGGACCCUGAAGAAGCCACUCCGCCCGUUCUGGAUCACACCGGAAGAUGACCUCUCCCUUACCGCCGACGGCUUAGCAGGGAUUGCUGAGGAAUACCACCCCGUAGUCUGCUGCACCGCUUCUCGUAGAGUCGUCGGCGCUGAGAUGAGCGAGGCCGGGUACAUCCAGGGGGCGGGGGACGAUACGGAGAACUGGGCGUUGGGCCUGACGGCGGAGGUGUUUUGGCGGCAUCGCGAGACGUUGCUUGCGGCGAGUGAGAGUGAGUUGCCUGGUUUGAUCGGAGAGUUGGUUGCUUCGGACAAUGAGAAGGUAAGGGGGGAGGAUGUAGCGGUGGUGAAGAGGGUAGCCCCUCCCGGGUUGUUUGUUGGGACCCUGGCGGCCAAGGAGAGGAGUUUGCGUGAUGCAGCAUGUGUUGUUGCGGUGGUUCCGGGCAAUACGGAGCACAGCGAGUGGGUUAAAGGCCCGGCGCAUAUGGAGGUCGGGCUAAGAAAGAGCAAGACGGCGAGUCGGUUGCUAAGAGACGCGCUACCACGGAUCUGCGAUUUUGUGCUACGGUACCUGAAGAAGUCGGAAACGGGCGAAAAUGGGCCGUCCGGGGAGAAGAAGGUGGUGGUACUAUGCGAAUCCGGAAAGGACCUGUCUGUUGGCGUCGCCCUCGCGGUGUACUGCUGGUGCUUCGACGACUCCGGAAACAUACGGCCGGAUGACAACAGAGUUUCAUUCAACAAAACGGCGAUCAGGGUGAGGCUGGGACACAUUGUGACGUCCUUCCCCGAAGCCAACCCCAGCAGAGCAACUUUGCAGAGCGUGAAUAGCUUCUUGAUGGACUGGCGGAGAUAGAAGGAAGGAAAUAGGGAUUGGGCGAAAAAUAGUUUAAAUAGCUGUCUUCCAUCUAUCCAUCAAUGCUCCGAGCCUGAGAUAAACA